UCGGCACCGGUCUUUUUUCGCUGCCCAGAGAGCACGGCUCCUCCGCGCAGGGCGGGCACUUCCUCGCCCAUCGCGGGAGGGCAGCAUGUCUCUUACGCGAGUGGGAGAGACGAGCGGAGGGAGCAGGAGCGGGAGCAGGAACAGCACCCCGUGCCUCGGCGGCGCGCAGAAGGAGGCGGAGCGAGGGGGGAAGGCUUCUCAGACGGAGGCUGCCUCUUUCGGAGCCGACCUUGCAUCUAUAGAAUAAGGCCCGCGCGUUCUGAGAAGCAGGGGGGCUUCUAAGAAGCCCUCCCCCCUCCCCCCACUCAGAGUCUCAAGGCGGAGUGCCGGGUCAGUCGUGCACAGAGGAAGGGAGACGCAGGGGGAGCAAGCAACACGGUGAGAAGAUCAGCAGGCACAGGAGGUGGCGGAGGUCAAGGAGGAUGACGCUGAAAUCAUCCUGCCCCAACGAAAAUCUGCGCCCCAACAUUACGGAGCUGCGACUUAUCCCCGCUCAAAGCACAAAAGUGGACGUCUCGAAUGUCCCAGGUGGAAAACUAAAACUUGAAACAGUCAGCCUCAUCAGAAAGCUGGCAUUGGGAACACAUCCAUCACCACCUCCACAUCCA